CUUAAUUUGAGUCACAAGAUAUUCAGAUCAGCCGAUAAGCUUCUUUUUCGCACAAGAGAGGAGAAUUUCAAGCCAUAUUUGAUCGAUGAGCCAAUAUCUAGCCACUCCAUAACGCAUCCUUACAAGAUUUUGAGCAUAGACGAAAGGCUUCUUGGCCGCGGUGGCGAUGUUCAGACGGAGAGUGGCCUUCGCUCCCACUGUCACUUCGAAUCUCUAUACAGCCAAGAGCCGUUCAACAUGGAAACAGCCCUGAAUGGCAACCAAUAUUCCGGGUAUGGGACCACUGUAUCGAUACUCCGGCAUAUGGCUGACGAAGGGCAGACGAGAUUCGGAAGGGAGACAUCGUGGUAGAAUAUCGAUAGAUGUUACUUGUCCUUUAGGUGGCUUGGCAGCCGUGCUCAUUAUCCCUUGCGCUGCCGCUCUGUUGAACGGUCAAAGCUGGGCUGCGAGUGCCCGAGCCAUUACCGGAGUAGUGUCCACGUCGGCGGGAGUGUCUCUGGUGCCGCUGCAAUCGGAGCCAGGCUACGAUGUUCUUCGCUGGGUGGUAAGAGCGCUGUGGGUAUCGACGUACUGCGCCUUCUUGACGUGCUCAUAUAUGAGCAUUACGCGGAACAGGCAUCUGUACUUGUUCUGCAGCUUACUCUUGGCUGCACACUUCAUCGCUGGCUUCGUAGGAAAUACCACGAAUGCGACGGAAGGAAUACAGAUGUUCGGGCCUCUAGCAGCGACAGUAUGUGCCGUAUUGGUAUAUAUACCGUUCCGCUAUCAUAGUUCUUCAAAUGAGGCAGUCCGUUUGGGGCGUCUGAGGCAGGGGAGUGGAGAGGGCGUGCAACACCGGUGGUCAAACUCCAGAGACCUGGAUGUGCGGGGAAAUGACGGCGACCUAGGUGUGCGGGGAAAUGACAGAGACCUAGGUGUGCGGGGAAAUGACGGAGACCUGGGUGUGCGUGCAAUGAACGGCAUCUUCGGAGUGGUCGUCUAGGUGUCAUUAUACGUUUUGACCUCACUUAGCGGGAAACCCGCAUAUGAGGUAUGUAGUGCAGGGUUUGGAUACCUAUUGGUCCCAUACGAGAUACAUAUUCUUUACGACAAUCC